UCAUGAAUGUCAUUCACUAAGAAAAAGAAUAAAAUUAAUCAACUGAAUAAAUUUAAUUUUCUUCAAAAUUGUUAGUAAAUAAGUGAAAUAAAAAUGCAAUUACUAUUUGUAAUCAGUGUUUUUCUUACACAUUUCUACCAAACUUCAAGUGGAGUAGCUUCUUCUCUACAAUGUCCAAAACAUAUGAAACCCUUUUUAAUUAGUGAAAAUAGUGAAAAAAAAUAUUGUGACUGCGAUAAAACAUUUUUAUAUAAUCCAAAAGACGAUUCUUGUUACGAUGCAUACAGACAAGGACCUUGUCCAUCUGGAUAUUACUUUGCUUUAUCACCUGGAGAGAAUGUGGCAACAUGUAAAAGAAAUCCAUGUCGUAUAGACGGCCUUGUGCCUUUUAAAGGAAAAUGUCAUUUUCUAUGGGAAUCAGGAGUUCCAUGCAAAAACACAGACACAUAUUUAGGAAUUAACAACAAUUUUCAAGUAGAAUGCAGUAGAACAGGUUAUAAUGGCUGGUAUUAUGAUUGGAAAACAUCCAAGUCUUGUCCAAAGGAUUCAUUGCUGAUGCCAACAAAUGAUGAACAUACGCAUUACUUUUGCAAAUGUAAAGAAACUUAUAUCUAUUCGGCAAAAAAUAAAUCUUGUCACUUGGCCUAUAGACAAGGUCCAUGCCCAACAGGAAGUUACUAUGUACUUCCUCAAGGGCAAAAGGAGCCAAUAUGUGAAAAAAAUCCAUGUCAUGAAGAUGGUCUUGUUCCUUUUCAAGGAGAUUGUCAUAAAAUUUAUGAAUAUGGACAUCCUUGUACUGAAAAAUAUACUCAAUUAACUGUUACAACAAAAACUUUUAAACUAGAAUGUAUUUAUAAUCCACCACCUAGUAUGGGUGGAGGUGGAAUUAUAAAUGCUCCAUUAAAAGUUUGUCCUCCAGGAAGUCGUAGAGUUGUUAAAAGUUGCAAAAAAAUGUUUCAAUAAAAGUUAUUCUGUACAUAUGUAAUUUGAAGAAAAUUCUAAUUGCAGUAUAUAUGUAAAAUACUAAAAAAUCGUUAUUUCACAA